AUGGAUUCCUCGUUCGGAGAGCAGUCCGUUGGUGGGGUCACACGCUCGGUUCGAGCUAGGGACUCUGGAGGUCAAAACCCGUCCGGGAUUUCGACCGCCUCCACCGGUCUUCUCGCCCACUGUAACACGGACACCACACGGGCAGUGCUUACUUUAGAUAAUAAGGAGACGUGUUAUGAAACUGAGUUGUUGUUAUUAGUAAACAAACGUACCGAUUCAUGUACCAAAAAAAAAGAAGGGCGGAAAAAAGACAAUUUCUGUAAAUAUAUGUUACUGUUUCUUUUUCAUACGAAACUGCAGUUUUUAUUCGCACCCGCUAUAACUGGUUAUUUCCGCGGGACCAAGGUGGCGUGUCGCCGCGCCGCCGCAGUAGAUAAGCCGUCGGGCAAUGCGUCGACGGCGUGCUCCUAGCGACAGUCUGAGGCGGAGCCAGGCAGGGACAGGCAGACACGCGGCCUGCCUGAUAGCGUGCUCGUGGGGGGCGGCGACGGAGCGCUUCUUGUCCGAGGCUGCUUUCGGCGGCUUAUUUGAUUAGAGCGAUAGGGACGUCACCGUCCGGGCCGCGCCAGGACCGCCUCGCCGCGGGGCGGUCGCGGGGCGGUGGCCCCUGUGGGCCUAGUGGGCCCUAGCCCGGCCCUGGCCCGCGCACAGCCAGUCGGGGAGCUUCCAGCGAGCAGAGCAACCUCUCCGGCAUCACGCUGCUGGGCUACCCCGCCGAGGUGUACCGCUACGGCACCCAGUUCUGGAUGGUGGCCCUGGGGUCCGUGAUCGCCACGGCCGUGCUCUGCGUCACGUUCCUGCCCGUGCUGCACGCCCUCAAGCUGGGCUCCACCUACGAAUACCUGGAACUGAGAUUCGACACCCGGUUGCGCAAGUUGACUUCCGUCAUGUACACCAUUCGGCUGCUGCUGCUGCUGCCGUUGGUCAUCUACGUGCCCGCCCUCGCCUUCACUCAAGUGACGGGGAUCAGCAUCCACGUGGUGGCCCCUGCCAUCAGCGCCCUCUGCGUGCUCUACACCACGGCGGGCGGCCUCCGCGCCGUGGCGCUGACGGGGUCCUUGCAGCUGAUGGUGAUGCUGGCCGCCACCGUGGCCCUGCUCGCCGCCGGCAUCCACGACGUGGGCGGCUUUGGCGUCGUGUGGCGUCGCAUGGAGGCGUCGGGGCGCGUCGAGUUUUUUAACAUGGACCCCAACCCGCUGACCCGCACCACCUUCUGGUCGGCCACGCUCGGGGGCACCUUCUUCUGGCUGCAGAUGCUGGCCGUGCAGCCCAACUCGGUGCAGCGCUACCUCGCCGUGCCCACGCUCGCCGCGGCCAGGAGGUCAGUCCGUCUCACUCGCACUCCUUGUCGUUGCACAGUGGGCCAGAAGACCGGAGGAGGCGGCCAAAACUCUAGACGCGUUUUGAGCCCCAGAGGCGCUGAGUGGGACUCGAACCGAACGUGUGCCGACGUGACACAAUCGAGAACAAUCCGCAUUCUCGCGAUGGCGUCACAAUGGUUGAACAGUGUGAAUGCGGUGCUGCGGCGCCAGCCCCGCUCUCCCAUGUCUUGUCGUUGUCACCUGCACCGACAUGCACUGCAGGACGGCGGGCCUCCAGUGCGGCGGGCUUGUCCUCACCACGACGCUGGCCUGCUUCCUCGGCGCCGUGGUCUUCGCCAAGUACGACGGCUGCGACCCGCUCGUCACCAAGAGACGAGAGAGCAACGCCGAACCGCAGCACGGCCCGUUCAGCCCCUCUCUCUCCCACCACGCCGGCCCGCGCACCGCGAGCGAGAGAGACGCCAGACAGGGCGGGACCGGGGCCUCCAGCCGCCCCUGGGCCUUUACACCCAACAUCUUCACCUCCGAGUUCUCAAGUUAGGAAGCCAGCUGGACCAAUAUGGCUCUAAAGAAUUUUCACCAUUGCAUUGAAAAAUCUACACUAUAAGACUUUGAAACUGUAUCAAAAAAAUUUGUUUCAGAAAAAAAAGCAUGUUUGUUUCUGUUUUUUCGAAAUUGAUAACGUAUUCUGUGCGUUCACACAAAACCCAAGGAUGGUAAAAUUUCCACAAUCGAGGGCGGUAUUUGUUUUACCGCCUUUCCAAGUGAGGUAUUCAUUUUACCGCCCAUUGAAGGCGGUAAAUUACCACCUUCCACAGUUUUAUCGCCUUGAAUGUUCCGUUUGCAGGGAAAUUUAAGGCGGUACAGCGGUGAAAGGUGGUAAUUUUACCACCUUCAAUGGGCGGUAAUUUUUGUACCACACUUGGAAGGCGGUAAAACGAAUACCGCCUUCGUAACACCAUGUGUACCGCCUUUCGAAUUUGGGUGUUGUCUCACUGGCAAGCUAGCGCCCCUUUAAGAGAUACGGGCCUGCAACGCCACGGGCCACUGCGCUUUGCGGCGCUUUGCGGGCAACGCCGGGCAAGGCGAAUAAAGAGAACCGCCAGACGCCCUCUCGACGGCGGAUAACGAAAACCAGCAGACCGCGUUUUGAUUUGAAUUUCAGCGGGGCCCGUAAAGUGGGCGAAUUGCUCUCUGCUUAAUAUCUGAUGCACCAGCCGAGCCGGUCUUGGCUCCUUCCAGCGGGCACGAGGCCCAGUUAGUGGGGAAGCGCGGAGCCGUUUUCUCGGAAGUACAAAUUUGUGACUGCUAGGAAAAAUGCAGCAAAACUUGAAUUAUACUCCUGGCAAACUCUUCCUUCGAUUUCUUUGAUUGCAUGUACUUCCAAGGAGUCUAUAUCAUUUCUCCUACCUAAAUGUUCGCCUACCUGUCUAUUUCGCCUACCUAUAU